UUCACCUCAAGUGAUCCUCCUGCCUCAGCCUCCUGAGUAGCUGGGUCUAUAAGUGCUCCCCACCAUCCUUAGUUAGUUCUAUGUUUAGGAGAGAUAGGGUCCCACUCUUGCUCAGGCUGGUCUCAAACUCCUGAGCUCAGGUAAACCACCCACCUCAGCCUCCCAGAAUACUGGAAUUACAGGUGAUUUAGUCACUUUUCCAACUAAUAUUUUAUCAACUAAUAUUUUAGAUGGCUCAUAGAAAACUAUAAUGCAGGGUCAAAAAGGAUUAUCAUGUUCAGCUGAGGAAAUCAGGGAAGCCUUUGUGGAGGAGGUGACAUGGAAGCUGAGGCUUCAUGAGUGUAAGAUUUUGAUGCCCGGAGAUGGAGAGAUGGGGGUCGUCCAGGCUGUGGGAGCAGCAGUGUAAGCAAGGACAAGCAGGGCUCAAGUGGGAAGUGCAGGGGUGCUUAUGUGAGGAGGGUUUGAUCGACUCAGAUUCAAUGGUAGGAUAAGUUGUUUGGACUUUAUUCUGCCACAGAGAUUCUUGAGCAAAAUAGACAAUCAUAUGUGAGGUCUAGGACCAGAACUCUAGAAGCCACGUGCAGAAAGAAUUGGUGAGAAAAAGCAAAACAUGGGGACAAGCUAGAAGGAAAUCUAGACCCAAGGAAGGAAAUUUAGACUGGGACCAGGCUCUAAUAGCAGAGGAGCGGGGCAGGGGAUGAAAGGUGUCACCAGGUGGAACUGACUGGCUUGGCCACUGAUUAAAUGUGAGAAGGAAAAGGAGGCGGUAAUUCCCCUGAGGGUUCGAGCACAGGGUGCGCUCAUGGUGGUGCCAAGAACCGACCCCAGGUGAGGGCUUCUCCCCUGGGGCGGGCUGGCAGCGGGCAGGAGGGAGGCGGGACUUGAACAGAAACCCAGGUGGAAGUCAUUCACAGAGAGGUUAGAAACGUCCAGGACUGAGGGCGUGUGCCCAGGAAGACAGUAUCAAAGCAGAAGGAAGCAAAGGAAGACAAAGCUGGGGGAAGAAGGAGCAAGAAGAGUCUGUGAGAGAGGUGCAGAGACCAGAGCAUGUGACAUCAUCCAAGUCAACACAAGACACAAGCUCUCCAGGGAGCUCCAGUGGCAACUCUUCUCCGGAGUACCCUCGGAAGGAAUUCGCAUCUUCUUCAACGAGAGGACGGAGCCAAACACGAGAGAGCGAAAUUCGAGUCCGGCUGCAGAGUGCGUCCCCAUCCACCCGGUGGACAGAAUUGGAUGAUGUUAAGCGUUUGCUCAAGGGGAGUCGAUCAGCCAGUGUGAGCCCCACUCGGAAUUCCUCCAACACACUCCCCAUCCCCAAGAAAGGCACUGUGGAGACCAAAACAGUGACAGAGACAGUGAGUUCCCAGUCCGUGUCAGGCACCUAUGACACAACGAUCCUGGACGCCAACCUUCCAUCCCACGUGUGGUCCUCCACCCUGCCUGCGGGGUCCUCCAUGGGGACAUAUCACAACAACAUGACAUCCCAGAGCUCGUCCCUCCUCAACACCAAUGCCUACUCUACAGGCUCAGUUUUUGGAGUUCCCAAUAACAUGGCAUCCUGCUCGCCCACCCUGCACCCUGGACUCAGCACCAGCUCUUCAGUAUUUGGCAUGCAGAACAAUCUGGCCCCCAGCUCAUCUGCCCUGUCCCAUGGCACAGCCACCAUGUCCACAGCAGCUACCUAUGGUGUGAAGAAAAACAUGCCCCAGAGCCCUGCUGCCGUGAACACCUCGAACACAGGCAUGUCCACCUCUGCUGCCUGCACCACAAGUGUCCAGAGUGAUGAUUUCUUGCACAAGGAUUGUAAGUUCCUGAUCUUGGAGAAGGACAAUGUGCCUGCCAAGAAGGAGAUGGAGCUGCUGAUCAUGAGCAAGGACAGCGGGAAGGUCUUCACUGCUUCCCCUGCCAGCGUCGCCGCAACUUCUUUUUCAGAAGACACCCUCAAAAAAGAAAAGCAAGCUGCCUACAAUGCUGACUCCCACCUAAAAGCUGAAGCUAAUGGAGACCUGAAGACCGUGUCCACCAAGGGCAAGGACACCUCUACAGAAAUUCACGGUUACGGCCACCAUGGCGGCAGAGGUGGUGGUGGCGCCGGCGGUGGGGGCCCGUGGGCGGCGCCUGCCUGGUGCCCCUGCGGCUCCUGCUGCAGCUGGUGGAAGUGGCUGCUGGGCCUGCUGCUCACCUGGCUGCUGCUGCUGGGGCUGCUCUUCGGCCUCAUCGCUCUGGCGGACGAGGUGCGGAGGCUGAAGGCCCGCGUGGACGAGCUGGAGCGCGCCCGAGGCGGCGCGCUGUCCUUCGAGGAGAGGCUGGAGCGCAGCAGCAAGGACCGCCUGCAGGCGGCGGCGCCCGACGCGGGGCCCCACCUGGACAAAACCGGGCUGGACGCCUACAGCCAGGAGGCGCUCUGGCUGUUCGUGCGGAACAAGCUCAUGGUGGAGCAGGAGAACGGAAAUCUCCGAGGAAGCCCUGGUCCUAAAGGUGACAUGGGAAGUCAAGGUCCUAAAGGAGAUCGAGGGCUCCCUGGGAUCCCAGGUAUUCCUGGGCCCUUGGGCCACCCAGGUCCAGAAGGACCAAAGGGACAAAAAGGCAGUGUGGGAGAUCCCGGCAUGGAAGGACCCAUGGGUCAGAGAGGGCGAGAAGGCCCCAUGGGACCUCGUGGUGAACCAGGGCCUCCUGGGUUUGGAGAGAAAGGAGAGAGAGGGGAUUCUGGGGAGCCAGGUCCUCAGGGCCCACCUGGUGUCCCCGGUUCUGUGGGUCCCAAAGGUUCCAGUGGCUCUCCUGGCCCCCAGGGUCCUCCAGGUUCUGUAGGUCUCCAAGGGCUCCGAGGUGAAGUGGGACCCCCUGGUAUCAAAGGUGACAAAGGACCAGUGGGACCACCAGGACCCAAAGGUGACCAGGGAGAGAAAGGACCCCGAGGCCUCACAGGAGAGCCCGGUAUGAGAGGUCUGCCUGGUGCUGUGGGUGAGCCCGGAGCUAAAGGAGCAAUGGGUCCUGCAGGCCCCGAUGGACACCAAGGCCCGAGAGGUGAACAAGGUCUCACUGGGAUGCCUGGAAUCCGCGGCCCACCAGGACCAUCCGGAGACCCAGGCAAGCCAGGUCUCACGGGACCCCAGGGACCUCAGGGACUUCCUGGUACCCCAGGCCGACCAGGGACUAAAGGUGAACCUGGAGCUCCAGGCAAGAUCGUGACUUCAGAGGGGUCAUCAACGCUCACUGUCCCAGGCCCCCCAGGGCCUCCUGGAGCCAUGGGACCCCCAGGACCUCCAGGUGUUCCAGGCCCCGCUGGCCCAGCCGGUCUCCCAGGACAGCAAGGCCCACGAGGUGAGCAAGGACUUGCUGGUGAAUCGUUCCUGGCUAGUAGCAGCUCCAUCUCUGAGGUCCUUGCUGCCCAAGGUCUUGAUUUACGAGGUCCUCCGGGGCCACCGGGGCCACGUGGGCCACCAGGAGAAGGCUUGCCAGGCCCACCAGGCCCCCCAGGAUCUCUCCUGGCGAACUCAGAGACCUUCUUCUCUGGCCCCCCAGGCCCACCUGGCCCCCCAGGUCCCAAAGGUGACCAAGGUCCCCCAGGCCCCCGAGGACACCAAGGCGAGCAGGGCCUCCCAGGGUUCUCAAGCUCAGGGUCCGGUUCUCUUGGACUCAACCUUCAGGGACCACCAGGCCCGCCUGGCCCCCAGGGCCCCAAAGGAGACAAAGGUGAUCCUGGCGUCCCAGGAGCUCCUGGCAUUCCUGGUGGUCCCUCUCGAGGGGGGUCAUCGAGCUCCACAUACCUGCAAGGCCCACCAGGUCCCCCAGGGCCUCCAGGGCCUCCAGGUUCCAUUAGCAGCUCUGGCCGGGAGAUUCAGCAGUACAUCUCUGAAUACAUGCAGAGUGACAGUGUCAGAUCUUACCUGUCUAGAGUUCAGGGUCCCCCAGGCCCACCUGGCCCCCCGGGGCCUGUCACCACCAUCACAGGCGAGACCUUCAACUACUCAGAGCUGGCGAGCCAAGUCUUGAACUACUUACAGACUUCGGGGUACAGUGUCAGCCUGUCCUCUGCCUCCAUCUCUUCUGAAGACAUCCUGGCUUUGCUGCGGCGGGAUGAUGUGCACCAGUACCUACGUCAGCAGGUCCUGAUGGGUCCUAGAGGUCCCCCGGGACCACCAGGAGCCAGUGGGGAUGGGUCUCUCCAAUCUUUGGACUACGCAGAGCUGAGCAGCCGCAUUCUCAGCUACAUGUCAAGUUCUGGCAUCAGCAUUGGGCUCCCUGGUCCCCCUGGCCCCCCUGGCCUGCCAGGAACAUCCUAUGAGGAACUCCUCUCCUUGCUUCAAGGGUCUGAAUUCAGAGGCAUCGUUGGACCCCCAGGACCCCCAGGGCCACCAGGGAUCCCAGGCAAUAUGUGGUCCAGCAUCAGCGUGGAGGACCUCUCAUCUUACUUGCAUACUGCUGGCUUGUCAUCCAUCCCAGGCCCUCCAGGCCCACCUGGUCCCCCAGGUCCUCGAGGGCCCCCGGGUGUCUCCGGAGCUCUGGCGACCUACGCGGCUGACAACAGCGACAGCUUCCGGAGCGAGCUGAUCAGCUACCUCACAAGUCCUGAUGUGCGCAGCUUCAUAGUUGGCCCCCCGGGUCCCCCCGGGCCACAGGGACCACCUGGGGACAGCCGCCUCCUGUCCAUGGAUGACUCCUACCGUCGGGCAAGCAGCUCCUCCUCACACAGCUUGUCCAGCAGACGGGGCAGCUCCUACAGCUCCUCCACGAGUACAGGAGGGGCUGGUGCAGGCACCCUGGGUGAAGGGGUGGCCUUUCGUGCAGCUGACUCCUAUAGCACCGGCCUGGGCAGAGACUAUGGGGCAGCAGCAGGAGGUGGCGUGUAUAAUGGUGACAAUGGACCCUUCACGGCUGGCUUUGCUGGAGGUCUGGAUUACAACGAGCUGGCUGUCCGGGUGUCGGAGAGCUUGCAGCGCCAGGGCCUGCUGCAAGGGAUGGCCUACCCUGUCCAGGGCCCACCUGGCCAGCCUGGGCCCCAGGGGCCCCCUGGCAUCAGCAAGGUCUUCUCUGCCUACAGCAACGUGACGGAGGACCUCAUGGACUUCUUCCGAACUUAUGGAGCUAUUCCAGGACCCCCUGGGCAGAAGGGAGAGGUGGGCACCCCAGGACCCAAAGGUGACAGAGGCCCUGUGGGACCACCAGGUCAUCCUGGGCCACCUGGCCCUCGAGGGCACAAGGGAGAAAAAGGAGACAAAGGUGACCAAGUCUACGUUGGGCGGAGGAGAAGAAGUAUCGCCACCAAGCCAUGAGCUAGCCUUGGCGAGACAAGCCCCUGGACCAGUUUGCUCAAUGCAUAUGGCACUUAAGUCAAAUCUCUCCAGAGGGGGAAAGCUGGAGUCUGUCAGGGUGCUACUGACACAGCACAGCCAAAUAGUCACUUAGCAACACUUUAGUCUGAACAAAACAUACAUAUAUAGAACUCAAAGACACAAAAUCUGAUACAGCUUCAUUGGGUAGACUUUAAGAAUAGUAGCAAUGUUUUAGAAUACUAGCUUCUCUAUCUAGAUCUGAGUGCCCUGGCUUCUUUAACCCUUAGUACAAGCCCCAAGAAACAGAAGUGUCAAAAAAAAAAGAAAGAAGCCAGCUAUAGGGCUUCAGCUCCAUAUACCAGAGGUGGUGGGUUCAAACCUGGCCACAGCCAAAAACUGCAAAAAAAAAAGAAAGCCAGCUACACAAAAAUCAGCUCAGGAGUCUUAGACCUUUGACUAAAUAUGAGCCCAGAAAAUGGACAACGGUCUCUGGUCACAGAAGAGAGUUGGCUAAGAACU